UCUGUUCAGGAGUCUGACUUGUGAAUGCAGUGACUCCAUCCUCCAAACCAAAUAUUUCCACUCUGAGGCCUGACCUGCCUUCUUGAAGUUUGUUCAUUUCUAUACAAGAAAAGUUUCGCAAAAGUAGAAUUACAAAGACCGUUUAGAUGUGCAUUUUACAAUUCUUUUUGUGAAGGGAUCAAGUGGUACAAAAUGUAAACACUCCUAGGCACUCUGGGCUAUUCUGCCAUCACGGCCCUGGGUGUGAGGACGCUGUUUUCUUAUAGGAUGGGACUGCAUGCUGUCUCAGGGCAACCCUCCCGCCUUGACCAGUUACAGCCUGGCGCUGGGCACUUGGCCUGAUGUGCACUCAGUGCCCCUCCCCCAGCUCCCUAGCAGGCUCUUGUGUUUUGCAAAGUGAGAGAGGUUCCUCAUGUCUGACCCAGAUAUCCCUCUGUUCAUCAGAGAGUCUGUCAGGAUGGCUGUCUCACUGAGCAACCUGAAUGUGGCGGAAAAGACACAGAACAUGUCAGCGCAUGACUGCUUCCAAUCUCGUAGCACUGUCCUGAAGGGACAGCCCUUUGGGGGUGUCCCCACUGUGCUGCUUAUCAAUAUCAUCUUGUGGUUGCUCAUCGUUUUGGUUUACUCCUUCCUCCGGAAAGCCGCGUGGGACUAUGGGCGCCUGGCUCUGCUGAUCCACAAUGACAGUCUGACCUCGCUGAUCUAUGGGGAGCAGAGUGAGAAGACGUCUCCCUCAGAUAUUUCCCUGGAGAUGGAGCACAAGGACAAGGGCUUCUAUUCCUGGUUCUUCAACACCAUCACCAUGAAGAACGAAGAUCUGAUCAGCAAGUGUGGCGACGAUGCCCGUGUCUACAUCAUGUUCCAGUAUCAUCUCAUCAUCUUUGUGCUCAUUCUCUGCAUUCCCUCCUUGGGCAUCAUUCUGCCCAUCAACUACACGGGGACCGUGCUGGACCGGAAUAGUCACUUUGGUCGAACCACCAUUGUCAAUGUCUCCACAGAGAGUAACAUCCUGUGGCUGCAUGGCUUCUUCUCCUUCCUCUACUUCAUCACCAACCUCAUCUUCAUGGCUCAUCACUGCUUAGGGUUUGUGCCCAAGAACUUGAACUCCAAGGUCACAAGGACACUGAUGAUCACCUAUGUCCCCAAAGAAAUCCAAGACCCAGAAAUCAUCAUUAAGCAUUUUCAUGAGGCCUAUCCAGGGUGUGCAGUGACCAGAGUCCACUUCUGCUACGACGUCAGGACCCUGAUUGACUUGGACGAUCAGAGGCGCCAUGCCAUGCGGGGCCGGCUCUACUACACGGCCAAGGCCAAGAAGUACGGGAAGGUGAUGAUCAAAACCCACCCCUGCUCCCGCCUGUGCUUCUGCAAGUGCUGGACCUGCUUCAAAGAGGUAGAUGCAGAGCAAUAUUACAGUGAGCUGGAAGAGCAACUGACUGAUGAGUUCAAUGCCGAGUUCAACCGUGUUCAGCUGAAACGUCUGGACCUGAUCUUUGUCACCUUCCAGGAUGCCAGGAUGACAAAGCGCAUCCUGGACGAUUACAAGUACAUCCAGUGUGGUGCGUCCCCCCAACAGUCCUCAGUGACCACCAUCGUCAAAUCCUACCGCUGGAGGGUCGCCUUUGCCCCACACCCCAAAGACAUUAUUUGGAAACACCUGUCUGUUCGCCGCUUCCAUUGGUGGGUCCGCUUUAUCGCGAUCAACACUUUCCUCUUCAUCCUGUUCUUCUUCCUCACCACACCUGCCAUCAUCAUCAACACCAUCGACAUGUACAACGUCACCCGCUCCCUCGAGAAGCUGCAGAGCCCAGUAAUAACCCAGUUCUUCCCCUCCCUGAUGCUCUGGGCCUUUACAGUGACCAUGCCUCUGAUUGUCUACCUCUCUGCCUUCCUCGAAGCGCACUGGACCAGAUCAAGUCAGAAUCUUAUCAUAGUGUACAAGUGCUACAUCUUUCUGGUGUUCAUGGUGACCAUUCUGCCCUCUAUGGGACUGACCAGUUUGGAUGUCCUUUUCCGCUGGCUCUUUGACAUCUACUAUCUGGAGCAGGCAUCCAUCAAAUUUGAGUGUGUGUUCCUGCCAGACAAUGGCGCCUUCUUCGUCAACUACGUGAUCACCGCAGCUUUGCUUGGCACAGGCAUGGACCUGCUGCGCCUGGGGUCACUCUGCCUGUACAGCACCCGCCUCUUUUUCUCCAGGUCGGAGCCAGAGAGAGUCCACAUCCGUAAGGACCAGGCCAUAGACUUCCAGUACGGGCGAGAGUACGCAUGGAUGAUGAACGUCUUCAGUGUGGUGGUGGCAUACAGCAUCACCUGCCCUAUCAUUGUCCCCUUUGGACUGCUGUACCUGUGCAUGAAGCACAUCACAGACCGCUAUAACAUGUACUACUCCUAUGCACCGACCAAACUCAAUGGGCAGAUCCACAUGGCCGCUGUCAAACAGGCCAUCUUCGCGCCGCUGCUGGGUCUGUUCUGGAUGCUGUUCUUCUCCAUCCUACGGUUAGGUUCACUCCACAGCAUCACCAUCUUUUCCCUUUCCACUCUUAUCAUUUCCAUGGUAAUUGCCUUCCUGGGCAGUCUUCUGGGGAACUUUCAGAAGGCACAUGACUAUAAGGUGAGUUGCCAGUCUGCUUUUCCUCCACUGGUUCUCCCCUGCUCCUGGGGGACACAGCUCCAGGAUACCCUCCUGACCUGGGCAUCCACAGCACCUCAGAGACUGUAUGUGGCCACUGUGCUGCAAGAGCCAGAGAUGAACCUGACCCCGGCCUCUUCCCCAGCUCGGCACACCUACGGCACCAUGAACAGAGAGCCAGAAGACGGAGAAGAGGAGAGUAGUGUGAGGGGCUUUGCAAGGGAGCUGGAUUCGGCCCAGUUCCAGGAAGGCCUGGAACUGGACGGCCAGAGCCAGUAUCACUGACGAGGACCCGAGGCUUCCACCUGGCAACUCCAGCCAGGAGUGGCGGCCAGGGGAGGUCCUGGACCUCCCCACUACUUCUGCAGACUUUGGAAAGGCCCAGCGUAGACAUCUGCUGCCCUGGCCGUUGGCCAUGAGGAGGCCCCGGCCCGCUGACCAGCUACAGCAGGAGGUGCUAGGCAGUGCAGAGGGACCCCUGGAUGGGAUGGAGGAUACAGGCAACCACCACAUCUUGGGAGAGGUGGCUCAAGCCCUGGGCAUAGAGACUGAAAGCUGGGGGACCUUCCUGGGGUCAAGAUGGAGGAGGUGUGCAUAAGGGAGGAGGCAGAAAGAAGCCCACCGAAGACUCUCCCUUCACCACCCUUCCACCAGCUGCCCUACCAAGGAGCUUAUGCUUUUCUGACCUACCCCCCACCUUCACUCCUGGCCCAUCCCUCCCCUGCAAUCUGAGGAAGCAAAGGUAUGUGUGCUGGGCCUCAUUAACAAGACAGGUGACUACCUCAUCCAGGUUUCCCUGCAUGGGGUUCUGCAAAGAGAGAGUAUCUGCACACACACACCCCACCCCGGAGCAAGGGGCAGCUAAGACCCUAGAUCUGAGAGGCAGUGAGUGAGGCCCUUCCUGUUCCUCUGCCCUUCAACAAAUGUCCCCGGGAGCAGCAGGGUAGAGACCCUUCUCUUUUGUGUUCUUGUAAGGGUAGCUCGGACAUGGUCACUCGGGGCUCAUUAAAUGGGACCUGUGUGCAUUUUGAUGGAGGCAAACCUCGACUGGUUACUAUAAGGUGGGAGGGACAGAGGCAGAAUUCAUAGAGGGGGUCUUCUCCCAAAACGUUGGGACAUGCCUUCUCAAGCUCCAGGGCCUAAUGAGAGGACCCCGAAGGCCAAGGAGUGGCCACUGAGGGCUGCUCCUGCCUCAUACCCACCUGAGUGCCUGGGCACCCAGCAUGGCCAAGGUGGGCAGCAGCUUAGGGUAAGAUGUCCAUACUCCAAACUGAAGGUACUGGCCAUUCCCUGGCCUCCAAGGAGGACCUUUCCUCUCCUCUCAGGGCCACCUUGCACUCUUGGCUGAAGACCACUCAAGUGGCCUCCAGGCCGGUCCUGGCUCAGACACUGGAUGCCUUGCCAGGGGUGGGGUGGGGGUGGGGGUUGUGUCCUCCACACAGAAGCCCUUUCUAGUGGAGUAAGGCUGCCCUCUCAGGGCUGCCACCACCUGAAGCCUGGAGGAGUCAAAUCCUGAGAAGUAACAGUGGUGGGGACACCCAGCACCUUUGCCCCAGAAAGGAGGUGUAGGCCUCUGCCUCUGGGGACAAGCCCCCAUCAGGACCACCCGGCACCCCAGCAAAGGAGGACAUGGAGAAAGGCCAGUUGGGGCCUCAGUGGACCAGAAUGAGCCAAGUUGAAUGGGGUGUGCAUGCUCUAGAGCCCUCCAGAGCGCCUUCCUCCAAAUAUCAAGGUCCCUGCCGCCAACCUGCUGAAGGUGGGCCCCAGGCUCACCACACCUGAGUGUUUUUGCCGGGUCCCAGGCACCUGGAUGCCCCUAAACUCAGAUCACCUGGGCCUUGUCUCUGCUCCAUCUUGCCCGCAUCCCAGUUCCGGAAGUUCCAAGCUUUACCCCACAGGGGAAAUACUGCUCGGAGGGGAAACGUUGCUGUAGCCCCAUCCCCCCAGGUCUUGGCUGAAAUUUUGGCUUGAAGGAUCUUAUCAGAGCGCUUGAGUCUGCUGGGAAAGAGGCAGUCUCUCCCCCUCCUUGUCCAGCUGGGAAUAAGGAGGAAAUUAUACCCAGCACCCACAGGACCUCCUCCCUAGCAUUUCACCAGCCAACAAGGAGACAGGUCCUUCUCAGAGUAGGGUGGUCAGUGCCCCAGCAGGGAGCUCCAGGCCCUGCCUGACCUCCAGAGAGACCUGGUGUGUUGUGUGUGUGGGAGUCCUGCCAGACCUGUCCUGUGGGCUCUCCGUCACUGGGCACUGCCUGCUGGCACCUACCUCUAGUCUCUGCAGCGCCUGCGGCGCUGUUCCCAUUGCUUCCGCUGCUGUCCCUCCUCUCUCCUCACCCUGCCCACCUGGCAGCCUGUGGAAGCUGCAUAUGGAACGGGUCCCAGCAGAUGACACGGCAGCAUGCCACAGGGCUUCCCCUGCUGAAUUUGGGCCAAGUGCAAUCUGGUUCUGAGAGAAUGCGGUGCGAAUGUUGGGAACGUUCCAGAGCUCACUUCUCUACUGUUCCUGGAGACCCAGGCAACUCACAGGGCUCCCCCACAGCCACCUGGCCAUCCUCGGUCACUGUGGGGGUGUGGAGGUAAGCAGGCUUUGGCUCCUUAUAUACCGCAUCCGGGUACCUCCCCUCUAGCCUGCUCUCUCAGCCCACACCUGCCUCACACGUUGGCCUCCAUCCUACCCCACUGGCCCACUUCCCAGCUGCCCCGCCCCGUUCGGUCCGUUGAAGCACCCCCUCUCAGAUUUGAUCCAUUCUGGAGGGAGCUGCCUCUGAAGUAGGGCGGGGAGGGGACCUGGUAUUGCCUAGAGCCCUCGUGAAGUGCCCCACUGGGCCUAGAGCAGCUCCACGCCUGCCUGCCUCAGACACUUCUAGAAGCAAAGUGCCUGUCAGCAGCAUCGCAUCCUCUGGGGACCCGGGUGGGAGGUGUGGACUUUCCUUGGCCACCACCACUAAAGGAAUGUGCCAGGAUGUUGAACUUUCUUGUUAUUAAUGCUAUGACCGUGCCUUGAAUAAACAGUCCUCCCAACCUC